AAAGAGGAGACACAAAGGGAACGAUGGGCUGAUCACUUCAAAAAACUCUUCAACCGACCACCACAACAACCACCACCACCACCACCUGCAACUCGUCCACAAAUACCACCAGCAGCCCACCCACAGAACUAUCAGUGAACACAUCCCCUCCGACAAAACCAGAAGUGAAGUCCUGAACACCACACCAUAAACUUGCUGAAAUCCGAGAAAGCAGCAGGACCGUAUGAAAUUCCGUCAGAAGCACUGGAAACAGACGCACAGACAACAGUGGACACGCUCACCACACUACUACAGAAAGUUUCCAACGAAGGAAGGAAGGAAGGAAGGGAAAGUACCUGCUGAUCGAUUCGAAGAAGGGCUACCUUGUCAAAAUUCAAAAGAAUGGCAACAUAAGUCUUUACAUGAACUGACACGCAUUCAUGCUCCACCACUGUCCACCCCUAGCAAACUAAAUAUUAUGCCCGAUCAUCCUGGAGAGACUAAAACAUGCACUGGAUUCAAAACGAUGACCGGAACAGGCUGGCUGACUGCGUUCAGGAAGAACAAAUCAUGUGUGGAUCAAAUUGCAACACUACGCUACACAUCAUCACAAAACAGAGCAUAAAAUGACAGUCAAAUCUCUACCUCAACAUCAUCGAUUUUGAAGAGGCCUUCGAUCGAGGCAUUGACCGACAAGUAAUUUGGCAGGCAGCUGCUUCAACACUACGG